ACUUAGCAAGAAUUGGGUAUCUCAGACCAUCUCAUGUCUGUCAGUCAAACCCACUUCCGUCUCUCUUCAGCCACCAUUUCCUCCCUCUGUUUCACAAAUUCAUUUCUUCCUCUGUUUUUGUUACCUUAUCCAGAUAUGCUCUCUCCCGCCCUCAAUCAUGUCGCCGCCGCCUUUCUCUUCUAUUUUAUCCUACUCGCCGACGUCUCCUCCCUCGCCGCCGCCCAAUCCGGCCAACCCACCGUCCCCAGUCCCCCUGAUUUAUACCCUUUUAAACAGACCAUCAGCAAACGAAUGGCCAUCGUUUUGAUUGUUCUCGUUUGCUUCUUCAUCGUCAUCGCCGUUCUCUCUGUCUACACCCGUCAGUGCACCGACCAACACUUCGGCGGCCGCCUCCUCCUCUCAACCGCCCAAACUGCCACCAACACCCGAUCCAGAACGGCUGCGCGUGGCCUUAACGCCGAUGUUAUAGCUACUUUCCCCACUUUUCUAUACGCCAACGUGAAAGGGCUUAAAAUCGGAAAUGGGUCGUUGGAAUGCGCCGUUUGUUUGUCCGAAUUCGAAGAUGAUGCAACACUCCGAUUGUUGCCGAAAUGCAGCCAUGUCUUCCACGCCGAUUGUAUCGACGCGUGGUUGGUGUCUCACUCGACCUGCCCUGUUUGCCGCGCUAGCCUUGUCCCAAAACCCGGCGAUGUAUCCUUUGCUGCGUUGCUCAAUUCCGAUUUGGGAAUUGACCGGAGCGGACCGGUGACCGGAUCGGAAAGUGGUCAGGUAAUUGUUCGAAUUCCGGAGGGGAAUCAAGGGCAGGAAGUGAGUUUGAUAAACCCAAAUGAGGGAUUGAAUCAGAACGGUCCAAUUCGGUCGCGAUCGACGGGAUGGCGAUUGAGCGGGCUGUUCCCACGGUCGCAUUCGACGGGGCACUCGCUGAUCGGAAGAGGGGAGGAUUACGAGAGGUUUACGCUGAGAUUGCCGGAGGAGGUAAGAAGUGAGGUGUUGAAUUGGAAUUUGAAUCGGGCGAGGAGCUGCGUGGCGUUGCCGAGGGAGCAGAGUUCGAGACAGGGGUACCGGAGUGAGGUGGGGAAGAAUGGGUUUUUGGGGAAUCGGAGUAGAAGUGGGUGGGUGGAGUGGCGGCGGACAUUGUUACCGGCGACGCCAUUGCUUGGAAGGGAGGGCUCGAGAAAGGAUGUGAUUGUCAACGGAGAUGGCAGUGGACGGCCGUUCUCCAGGUUGCCGGGUGAUGUCGACGGGGAAGUCAAAGUCAACGACAACGUAGGCGGCUGAAGAAUUGGGCCGAGUUGGGCCUUUGUGUUUACUUGGUCUUGUUUUGUGAAGAAAAAAAAAAGUCAAUUUUUUAUUGGGGAAAAAGGAGGAAACGGUCAAAGUUCGUUGGCUGUCAUUGAUGAUCCCCUCCCAUUUGAUUGGCGCAUGUCACAAACACAUGUAUAGAGGAAGGCUUCGCUUUUUUUAUUAUUUUUAUUAUUAUUAUAUAAAUAGAAUAGUUUAGAUGUAAAUUAUGGUUGAGUUAAUAUUAGUUUAGAUGUUAAUUUGGGUUAAUUAGUAUUGAAAUUGGGCCGAUUUGGAACAUUUUUAAAUUCCAAUUGUAAUCCGUUCGUGAGUUGUACCUCCGACUGACCUUUUUUAAAAAUGUGUA